CCUUGGACCCCAUCCUGUACAUGCAGAACGCUGGCUUCCAUGUUCACGAGACACUGAUAUUAAUACUAACACGCACAUGACAGGGGAGAUUGCGACUGAUCAGGUGUUCAGCGUGUUGGACACAUUAUUAUGAUAUAUAUACCGAGUCCUUCCCAUCAUGAUAGCACACUAGUCCCACAAUGCAGCCCACUAAACAAACACUCCCAAUCGGCGGUCUCCUCGUCGACGUUUACUCCCACCCAACUUCAACCUCUAGCCCUACAAACCCCAUCCACGCACUCUUCUUCCUGCAUGGCCGCUUCGACAGCGCACAAGAUCAAUAUAUAGUCGAUACCAUUAAAGUCAUUUUUGAUGAGAGUUAUGGAUCGGGUGCGGGAGAGAGGAAGAAAGAUCUUAUCGUCAUUGCUUUUGAUCACAGGAACCACGGGACGAGACUCGUGAACCAGCAGCGGAAUUUCGCGUGGAGCAAAGAACCGGCUGAGAAUAAUGAUCAGCAUGCGGUGGACAUGUAUACCAUCCACACUGGUACAGCACAAGACGUGUCCUUCUUAAUCGACCACCUUCCUUCCUCCCUCUAUCCCUCGGGUGAGCGAACGAUUGUGGAAUGGGGUAUGGGCGGUGUGAGUCUUGGAGGACAUUCGACGUGGAUUGCGCUUUCUAGAGAACCCCGCCUCACCCUCGGAAUCCCCAUAAUCGGCUGCCCCGACUACAUGAAAUUAAUCUCUCGACGCGCCCAAUCCUCAAACAUCCCCCUCUCCCCACCUUACUUCCCCACUUCCUUUACGACUUACGUAGAAAGGCACGACCCUGCACAACUGGCGUACCGCGCAAAAGACGCUUCCAACCCGUUUUUCGGGAAGAAAGUGUUGGUGCUUUCGGGGAAGGAGGAUAAACUUGUGCCGUGGGUGGCGUCGGCUGAGUUUGUUGAGGGUCUUGAAGUUGGAGAGGGGGGUGUUAAGAAGGUUGUGGUGGAGGAGGGGGCAGGGCAUGAGUGUACGAGUGGGAUGCGUAGGGAGGCUGGGUUAUUUGUGAGGGAGUGGUUGAGGUUGUGAGCUGAUGUUGUUUCAUUUUUGGGACGAGUUUUAUUGAAGGAUGUAUGAUGAUUCAGAAUAUGUUUGUAAUUAUAGUAUGAUCUUGAAGCAAGCUAUAACCUUGAAUGGUCA